GGAAAGAGAGGCCGUGCCCGCAAUGUUCUCCGGGAGCGUAGGUCUAGUGUGACGUCACGGUAGCCUAGUUGGGUUAGGUUUUACGCUGGAAAUUCUAACGAAAAAUUUUUGUUUGACGAUUGAUGUUUUCCUCGUCGCAUUCACCGAACCGAGCGACGUAGCGAGCUGACGUAGUGGCGACCGGUGAUCGUGUUUUAUAAAUCGUGCGAUCGCGAAACCCCGCGCUGUCGACGUAUAUGAAAUUUUAAACGGAAAAUGAGUCGACAUGAAGGGGUAAGCUGUGACUCCUGCUUAAAGGGUAAUUUUAGGGGUCGCAGAUACAAGUGCCUCGUAUGCUACGAUUAUGAUUUAUGUGCCAGCUGCUAUGAGGGUGGUGCCAGUACUACACGCCACCUUACUGAUCAUCCUAUGCAGUGUAUUCUCACUAGAUCUGAUUUUGAAUUGUAUUAUGGUGGAGAAGGUGUCAGUGUAGAACAACCUCAAUCUUUAACUUGUCCUUAUUGCACAAGAAUGGGUUUUACUGAAGCUACUUUGCAAGAACAUGUUGCUGCGGAUCAUCCAGACACUUCAUUUGAAGUUGUUUGUCCAGUUUGCGCAGCUUUACCAGGUGGGGAUCCCAAUAAUGUAACAGAUGAUUUUGCUGGUCAUUUGACUUUGGAACAUCGUAGUGGACCAAGAGAUCUCAUUUCUCUCCUGGACGAGCCAGCUUCAAGUCGACAUGGAGUCAGACGAAUACCACACCCAUCCAGAGGUGUAGGAGGGCAACGUCCACGCAGGUCCAACAUGCAUUUCAGUUCGUCUGGAGGCUUAAGUCCCAGUAGUCGAGAGGGUAUAGAUCCAAUCGCAGAAUUGUUAUCGCAAUUGUCGGGGGUUCGUCGAAGUGGUGGUGGUACAGGACAAAGUUCUUCGGCACCGUCUCAACUACAGCAGUUGCAAAUGCAGUUACAGUUGGAACGGCAACAAGUUAGAGCUGCUAGGCAACAGUUGGAACGGUUGCCCAGGAGACAGACACAGGUUAUUGGUUCAGUUAGUGGAGGAGGUGGUACAAGUGGUGGUCACUCUACUACUAUGGCAAGUGUAGUGGCAAACAGUACAAGUAGUAAUAACAAUGCAACCAAUGUGGCCAACUCAUCUAUUGUUUCAUCUACCAACUCACAGAGCUCAAUGUUUCUGUUGCCUAGAUGCAUUACAACUACUCUGUCCGAUUCACAAUUGCAAAAUGUUGAACGCGAGAGUGCAAACAGAAGCCUCUUCGUACGUGAACUUAUUCUUGGGACACUUUCGCAAACAUUGCCAGAUUUGCUACAACAACAAUUGUCCAUUGCACAGACACCAAUAUCAAGUGCAACUACUGCCACGACAAGUCCUGAAACACCAAAUGCAAAUGCUUCCACGAUUCCCACGAAAAAAUUAAAUGUAACUCAAGAAACAAAACGAGAUCAAACAUCAAGUAAACAUGUAACUCCACCGCCUGUGCAGCAACAGCAGCAAUCGCAUAUUGUUCAAGCUGCAACCGGUAGCGUAGGAGCAGGUCUGCAAAAUCAAGGAUUAUCUACAAAUUCUAAUAGUAUCACGUCGCAGAAUCCACCUAUGGUUCAAACGUUGAUGCAUAGUGUAUUACCCCAACCACUGGUACUGCAGCAGCCACUGCCUCCACCAAUUAGGAAUACUGGUACUGGGACCAUCAGAGAACCCAUAGCAAGCCCGGCACCUGCAUACCUGAGAGGUGGAGUGGGUCCGGUUGGUGUUACAGGUCCUUCACGUAGAAAGCCAGUUAGGGCUGUAGAUGGAAGAAACCAAUCUACGGAACCUCCACCCCCGCACUAACCCCUCCUUAGCCUAUACCCAUCCACCCUGAUUCCUCACAGGACCCUCUAGCACUAGUCCUAGCACUGUUUAGAACACCUCAUCAUUAUUGUUAUUAUUAUUAUAAUAUUAUAUAUUAAUAAUUAUUCAAAUGUCCUCUCCUGAUCCUCUUUGCCCUUCUAUUUUCCAAACUCUAAUCUCGUUACCUUUUGCCAUUAUGUGACAUGGAACAAGGGCAAGGGCUAAUUUCAUUGUUGUAUGCAGAAAAUGUAUAUAACUUUUUGCAGUUAUGUUCGGAAUAUGAUUCCUUUGUUUAAUUUUGUUUUGAUUACAGCGAGUCUUGCCACGUUCUUUUAAACCACUACAUGAGUUUAUAGAUAAUCGAAUUUAAUCCAAAUUAAUGGAUCGCUUUUUAAAAGCAACAACAGUAUAUGUUUAACGGUUUCGUAAAUAAUAAAAUAAUGAAUCUUGAAGACAUCAGCGGAAGAAUAUUUGGUAUCCGAUCGGUUUCAAAUUAUAAUACGAUGCGUGUCAUAUUAUUUCAUUGCUUCUUAUAAAGCAGCAAAAAUCAUUUUUGGGUCAAUUAAACACGAUUGACUUUUUUUCGAGUAGUAAUAUGUUACCUAAUAUUUACUCAAAAAGAUACAGUAUAUUUAUAAAAUAUUUAUAAUCAAUAUGCCUGGGUUGGUCCAUGAUACUAAUUUUAUAAUUUAUCAUUUUCCGCUCCUUUCUCCUUACGUAAUUUAUCUGUAACGAGAAAGAAUUUGUGUCAAUAUUAAUAUACUAAUCACUUCAUAUAUUAGGUUGUUCAUUUAGUUAUACACUAUUUCUUUUGCGAUUUUUAAUACUAACUAUAUGUUUAAAUUUAUUGUUACGUCUUACUGUAAACUUGAAAUAAAUUAAUUUAGGUUUCAAUGAAAUUAUAGUUUUCAAUACAAAACACACAAUGUAUUUGGAUAAAUUGUUAAUUAAGUUACAAUCGAUUAAAUUUUCCAUAUAACGUGUGUUAUCGCUAAUAAAAAUUAAUUAAAAUUUAUAUUUGUGAGAGUUAGGAGGCCUGUAAAAAUAGGUUGAUGAUGUUUCUAAUAGAAUCAAGGUUGAGUUUCAUUGACCAGCCCAUUUAAAAAAAAAAAGAAAAAUUAAUGAAAAAGCUUAAAAUCUUUUCGUCAAUUUAAAAGUUAUUCAAUAUCAAAUUGAGAUUAUUAUAAAUGAAUUUUGAAAGAUAUUGCAAUUAAAAAUUAAAUCGGUAUGUAACACAAAUGCACGUGUUUUAUAUAUGUAUAUAUAUUAUAUAUAUAUAUAUAUAUAUAUAUAUAUAUAUAUAUAUAUAUAUAUAUUUAUAAAUAUAAAACGCGUGUGUAUGUAUAUAUCAAAAGUAUAAUAAGGAAGAUUUUAAGCAGUCAACAUAUUUUUCAUUCAUUUGUCGAAUCAUAGUAUUACGUAAGUACAUACAAUCGUUGUGUCAAUAUCGACCCUCCUUCCUUAAAGCAUGCCCUUGUCCUUGAAAUUUUAAUCACUCCAUUUUAAGCUAUACAUCAUAAUGAUAAUAAUGAUAAUGAUAAUUAAGAAUAGUAACGAUAAUAGUACUGUUUGUACGCGUGUGUUAUGUCGGAGCCAAGGGCGUAAAACGAAAUAGAGGCAAUAAUUUAUUGCUUUUUCUAGAGGAAAGACAAAAAAAAACCAAAAGGAUUUUUCAUGAUUAUGUCUAAAAUAUGAGUUCACACAGAAUUAUUCAUGGUAAAAUAAGAAUUUGCAUGGGACAUAUGCAGAUAUAUUCGAUACUCAAAAAAGGAAUAUUAUAAAGAAUAGAAUCAAAGCUCUUAUAAUUGAGCAUCGACUGAUAUGUCGAUAAUUGGCUCCUUCCCCUAGUCUCUACGCAUGUUUUGUUUUCUUCUCUCCUUCUUUUUUUCUUUAAUUUUCUUUUUCCUCUUAUAACUUUUUACUUUGUAAUUAGUUCUUCUUCAUUUCUUCUUUUUUCUUUUUUCAUGUAACUUUAUUUGGGUGUGUAUCUAAAAGAUGUGGAUAAAAGUUAAAAAAAAAAAAAAAAAAAAAAAACAAUGAAAAAAAGAAUGAAAAA